CUGGUGUCAAUCAGAGGUACCACCACAGGCCUGGUCUAUCUCACUCAUCUUCAAGUACUCGAGAUAGGAGAAGAGGCCGGCUGAUCUCAGUGGUGAGUGCUGAAAUUGGCCCUUGAGCCUUGAAGCCUUAAGAGACUCGGUCUUUGGGAACAGAAUGACAACACCCAGAAACUCAGUGAGUGGAACCUUCCCAACAAAGCCUGCCAAAGGCCCUCUGGCCAUGCAUCCUGCUCAAAAAGUAAACCUCAGGAGGACAUCUUCCCUGGUGGGCCCCACACAAAGCUUCUUCAUGAGGGAAUCAAAAGCUCUGGGGGCUGUCCAGGUCAUGAAUGGUCUCCUCCAUCUUUCCCUGGGGGGACUGCUGAUGAUCCCCACAGGGGUCUUUGCACCCAUCUGUGUGAGUGUAUGGUACCCACUCUGGGGAGGCAUUAUGUACAUUCUUUCGGGGUCACUCCUGGCGGCAGCAGCAGAACAAACCUCCAGGAAGAGUUUGGUAAAAGCAAAAGUGAUAAUGAACUCCCUGAGCCUCUUUGUUGCCAUUACUGGAAUAAUUCUUUCAGUCAUGGACAUACUUAACAUUACAAUUUCUCGUUUUUUAAAAAUGGAGAGUCUGAAUCUUAGUAAAACUCCCAAGCUGUAUGUUGAUAUCUACAACUGUGAACCAUCUAAUUCCUCAGAGAAAAUCUCUCCAUCUACCCAGUACUGUUACAGCGUGCAGUCCAUGUUCUUGGGCAUUCUGUCGGUGAUGCUGAUCUCUGCCUUCUUGCAGAAACUUGUGACAGCUGGCAUUGUGGAGAAUGAAUGGAGAAAAAUGUGCUCCAGAUCCAAAUCUAAUGUGGUUCUGCUGUCAGCUGGAGAAAAAAAAGAGAAGACUAUUAAAAUGAAAGAAGAAAUCAUUGAGCUAAGUGGAGUAGCUUCCCAACCAAAGAAUGAAGAAGAAAUUGAAAUCAUUCCAGUACAAGAGGAAGAAGAGGAAACAGAAAUAAACUUUCCAGAACCUCCCCAGGAGCCAGUAGAAAAUGAGAUAUCUCCUUAAACUCUUCUUUUAUGAGCAUUAUUGUUUAGAGAGCUUCCAAAACACAUAGUUACCCGCAUUUCUUGUGGUCUUCCAUGUCUAUUCUCCAUAUCUCCACAACUUAUUUUUGCAUAGAGAAGCCACAUCUAGCUCUCCUUCACAUUUGGAGAAUGUAGCAAUUAUAGCAGACUGUGCUGUCCCCUGCCUGGGGAGUCUUACAUUGGCAGAAAUGCUGAAGAACCCAAUACUCAUUCACCUUUUCCUUGGACGGGUGUUUUAGUAGUGGUGGUGCUUUUUUUUUCCUAUUUCCCCCAUCAGAAAUUGCAGCUGAGGGAAAAGGCGCAUGACUAUCCCAUCCAUCUCUGAACUCUCUGACUCCUUCUACAUCUACAUUUUUAGUGGAGUCCCUUUUGCACUGAUGUUUUAAGGAUAUCAAAAAUAAUAACGGGAGGAAAUGAGACACCUAUUUUUCCACAAGGAAGGCAGACACUGGUGUGUUCUUCAAGCUUCUGUAUCCUAUUUGGGAAACUGUGAAAAGCUGAUACCUAACCCUGUCCCUGUACAAACAGCAUAGCUUACAGUUUAAGCAAGUCUCCAUGUCUUAACUUUGCCCAACUCCCGUUUCUUAGCUUCUUGUCACAUCAUUUACCUAUUUGUAUUUUUUGUUCAAGAGAAGAAAGAAUGGUGGGACAGAAGUGUCAUAAUGGGUACCCAAAUCUCAAAUCAUAAGCAACAUCCUGCUUACAGGGUGCUUUCCAGAUGACAGUGUCGUUUAUUAAAUAGUUUCACUUGAUCUUUCAUGACCACAAAAGAAUCCUUAUCCCUGUUUUGCAAUUAAAUUGAAAGUAGAAAGCCAGCCAAAGUAUGCUAUAACCAUCACACCUAAGAGUUGUGAGGACUUGAAUCAAACCCAGCUCUUCAAAUCCUGCUGAUGUUUGAAAUAACCGAAAUAUCUACACCUGAUGUAUACAUAAGCUAUAUCAAAAAGAAUACUCUAUGAGCAAUGUGUCGAGUCACAGGUGGGAUUGGAUUUGAUGCCAUAUGAAUAAAAACAGCCAGAGACAACAUUCAGAAAGCUAGUCAUGACAUUAGUGUGCAUUUAGCUAUUAAGUUAGAAGACACAGAAACUUAAGCAUAAGUGAUUUCCAAAAGAUCAUGCUUAGAAACAACAGAGUUAAAAUACCAAAUCUCAGGCCACCCUACUUUCCCACCCCUGCUCAUGUGCAAGGGUACUAACACCUGACCUAGAAACAGUUUAGUCAAAGAAGAACUCACCAUAACCUGUCAGUCAGAUACCACGAUCAGUCUGCUUCUAGGCCUGACAGGUACAUGGACAGCUUAGAGGUUACUGAUAGUGGUGGGGGUGGGGGUUAUUUCCUGUAGUUACAAAGAAAAUGGAAGUAGAACUUUUUCCCUGUGUGGUUUUCAAAACAAGCUGUAAUAAAUAAAACUUUGUGUCCAUGUCUGCAAUGAAUAA